GCUGUCGCUGCCCGGGGCGGUCCCUGUCGCUGCCCUGGGCGGUCCCUGUCGCUGCCCGGCUCCCCAGCCGCCGCUGGCAGCCGCCAUGGCUCUGUGCUGGGCGCUGCGGCCGCCGCGCUGCCGCCUCCGGCCGCCGCCGCUCGCCCUGCCCGCGCCGCCCCGCAGCCUGCUGGCAAGCACAGCGACAGCGCGGGAGCGGAGGGGAAAGGCCAGGGUGAGCUGCAGCCUGCCAGAGCCUUCCUGGGAGGAGAGGUUAGCAAAUGCAGUGACGCCACUGUGGAGACUUCCCUACCAAGAGCAGCUGCAGGUAAAGUAUGAAAGCCAGAGGAAGAUUUUGCAGACACUGGCAUCUCGUCUUGAGGAGCUGGGCAUAGAUGCACAGAAACCUGGUGGGCUCUGCUGUCCUCUGCAGCCUGUAGUUCCUUCGCCCAUCAUUAACGGCUACCGAAACAAAUCGACUUUCUCUGUGAACCGAGGGCCAGAUGGGAACCCCAAAACUGUGGGGUUGUAUGUAGGAACUGGCAGAGAAAGGAAUAUUGUCUGUGUGAAAGCCAACCAUGUGGAGAACAUACCCUCAAAACACAAACAAGUAGCUCAGUGCUACGAGGAGUUCAUCUGUCACUCCCCCCUGGACUCCUGCAUCCUCUUCCAUGAAGGUGGGCACUGGCGAGAGCUCGUGGUGCGUACCACCCGCUGUGGCCACACCAUGGCUAUCAUCACCUUCCACCCCCAGCAGCUGGGCCAGGAGGCACUGGCUACUCAGAAAGCAUUGCUGAAGGAGUUCUUCACAUCUGGGCCUGGAGCAGUCUGUGCCUUGACUUCGCUUUAUUUCCAAGAGAGCACCAUGACACGCUGCUCCCACGAGCAGUCCCCCUACCAGCUCCUGCACGGAGCACCGCACAUCUUGGAAGAGCUGCUCGGCCUGCAGUUCCGCAUCUCUCCAGACGCCUUCUUCCAAGUCAACACGGCUGGGGCAGAAGUUCUGUACCAGGCAGUCAGGGAGCUCUGCCAGGCUACUGGGGACACUGUCCUCCUUGACAUCUGCUGUGGAACAGGCACAAUUGGUCUCUCUCUGGCUCACCAAGUGUCCAAGGUUAUUGGUGUCGAGGUGGUGGAGAAGGCAAUAGAGGAUGCUGAGUGGAAUGCAGCAUUCAAUGGGAUCUCAAACUGUGAGUUUCACAGUGGAAAGGCAGAGGCUGUGUUACCACAGCUCCUGGCAUCGUGGGAGGAUGCCCGACCGCUUGUUGCUGUUGUGAACCCUUCUCGGGCUGGCCUACACUACAGGGUCGUUCGAGCCAUCCGGAACUGCAGGAGCAUCCGCAGGCUGCUCUACAUCUCCUGCAAGCCAGAGGGUGAAGCCAUGAGGAACUUCCUCGAGCUGUGCUGCCCACCUGACCCACGGAAGAAGCUGGCAGGGGAGCCAUUUGCCCCCGUGAUGGCUAUUCCUUUUGACAUGUUUCCUCACACUGUUCAUUGUGAGCUGGUGCUGCUGUUCACCCGCUGACAAGGAGGCAGGAAUGAGCUCUGAGAGCUUGGGAAGCAACCUCCUCCUGUCCUGAAGAGCUAAUGUAGUUAGGAUUUUAACUUAUUUUCUGUGAAGUUGUAUAAAAAUAAAUAAUUUUGGUUUUUCUCUUACUUUGGGUUGCC